AUGGAGCAAGUAAUAGUGGUCUCGAGAUGCGACAUGCGUGCUCUGUGUUCGGUUCGCGGGCCGCUGGGCGGGGACAUGCGCGCGCUCGGUGCCGGCGCGCGCCUUUUGUCCCUUCGAAUGCCCGGCCAGCCUCAACCGCUUCACUUUGUCGUCGAAGCGAAAGCGAGAGUCAAGGAAUUGAAAACCCUGGCCAACUCCCAUGCCCAGCUACAAGGCAUGACCGACACGGAGCUGUUCGGAUUGGCUGUCAUGCAAAAUGGCGAGUAUCUGUUUGUUGAUUUGGAGAGCAAACUAUCAAAAUAUGCACCAAAGAGUUGGCGAUCGUCUCACACACAUGGGCUGGAUGCAAAUGGAAGACCAUUGCUCGAGUUGCAUCUCGUCAUCCAGUUUCACGUUGAAAGUCCGUUGCUAUUACAUGACGAAGUUGGUAAACAUUUAUAUUUUCUGCAACUACUCCACAAUUUACGAUCAAGGGAUGGAUUACCGGCCGAGAUCGUUUUAUUACUCAUUGGACUGGCGCUCCAAGCCAAGUUCGGAGAUGCGGAAGCAUAUGACGAUCAGGAAUAUUUCAAACUUGAAGACUACGCGCCAUCUUCUCUCACCGGAAACUGGGUCGUGGAAGCUAUACGCGCUUGCCAUCAAGAGCAUAGAGGUUUAUCAAAAUCUGAUGCUGAAACAAGAUUCAUACGCGAGGUGUGCUUGCUACCGGACACAAUAAAUUCCCAUAGUCAAGACCAUGAUGAUAAAGAUGACAUGUUCCGUGAACGUGCUAAUUCGAACGUUAGUGCUGUUUCUUUUCAUGGUGAUGGUAGCGACCCAACCGAUAAUAAACAUAAUUUAUUAAGUGCCAUUACCUUCAAGGACACGAAGACACUGCUCCAUCUGAUGAAAACUACU